AUGCCUUCAAACGGCUGCCAUGUCAGGGAUAUACAGAAGGACAUCAACCGAGUUAAACCCAACCAAACCUACUUGUUUGUGGAUAGAAGCUUUCAAGAAUCAAUCAUCGAAUAUUUCCAGUUUUUACACAGAGAAGGGAUUCUCUGCGAUGUAACGCUGAGAAUCGGAACUCACAAAUUUCCUUGUCAUCGUAACAUUUUGGGAGUAGCUAGCCCUUAUUUUCGCUCGCUUUUUAUAGACAGUGAAAGUGGAAGGUUCAUAAAACACGUCGAGCUACCACAAGAAAUUCAUCAUUCAACAAUGGAAGCUGUCUUGGAAUAUAUGUACGGAGGGAAAAUUUUCUUAAAUGCAAGUAACGCUAUUGACAUUUUUAAGGGCGCUUGUUUCUUUAAACUUCAAAGCUUGUUGGAGGAAUGUUCUCACGUACUAGUCAAGUUCCUAACUCCUGAGAAUUGCCUCCAAGUAAGGGACGUUUCGUUAAUUAAUGGACAAGAAAAACUACAUCAGCUAUGUCAGAGAUAUUUGUGCGAAAACUUCGUACAGAUUGCGAACUCAAUGUCUUUUUUGGAACUUCACCAAGAUGAGCUUGAGAAAAUGUUGUCAAACAAUGACAUUUGCGUCGACAGUGAGCAACAGGUGAUUAUGCAAUUAAAAUAGUUUCUGUAUUCUAACAGCUAUUAUUAAAAACUGAAUCAUUGGAUAAGGCAUUUCUAGCUAGAGCUCAGAUUGGCUUAGCCAUCAUACCAUGCUCUAGUUCCAAAUAUGGAAACUGUACGUGUCUGCUCAAAAUUAAAAACAAGCUGAAAUCGGUUGUUUUUACAAAUAACGCCGGGAAGAAUUUUUGAUAUUUUGUGGGCGUUUUUAUAAAACAAUUAUUCCGCUAGCGCUUCUUGGAUAUCCAACACGCGCUCGUGGAAUAAUUGUUAAUUAAACGUCAUAGUAAGUUCUAAGAGUAAGACUACUGGUUUAAUUUUUGUCCAAGUAUGGUACGGUUUGGGGUAUAAGGGAGUCCAAGAUAGUCCUGGAUUCUCGAUUCCACUCCCUAUUGGAUUCCGGAUUCCAGAUACUGGAUUCCAGUAAUAACUUCCGACGCGUCUCAUCAAGGGAUUUCUUUUUGCCUUUUCAGACUUUAUCUGCACCCAGGGCACACUUGCCUUCUAUAUAUAUAUAUAUUAUAUCUCAAUGAAAAUUCCUUUUAAAUUCAUAGAUUUUUUCGCAGGGGGGUGGCGGCGGUUUUUUCGGGCUCACCCCCUAAAUCCAUCCCAUGGCUGUUUUUAGAAAGUCGGAUGAAAUGGUUCCAAUUGUGCCAUCCCAAAACCCAGGCUCUCCUAUGGAGGAACAUCAGUUGACCAAGGGUCAGAAAGGUGUAAUCCUGGGAUGAUAGGUAUCACGAAUCGUUCCAAAUCAGUUUAGAAUCCUUGUAAAACAAUUAUUUUAUCCGUUGUAGGUAUUCGACAGCCUGGUGAGAUGGACUGAAUAUGAUCGCAAAGAGCGCGGGAUCCACUUCUCCAAAUUACUGCAACAUGUUCGGCUGCCGUUACUGUCCACCGGCAUAAUUAUGGAGCAUGUACAGCGACAGGAAUUAGUGCAUCGCUCGCCCACAGCAAAGGAAAUGGUUCUGGAGGCCAUGAGGUAUAACACAGCGGAAGAAGAACAGAAAAAAUCCAUGAGUAGUCCAAGGACGGUGCCAAGAACAUGUUCGACUUUAGUGCAAGUGAUUCUGUUUGUUGGUGGUAAGGGCAAGACCCCCGAUGAAGGGCGCAUCACGUUUUGUUAUCUUCCUGAAGAAGAUCGUUGGUAUUCACUAGCACCUUUACGGUGAGAAAGAAAAAACUUGAAAGGGGUCUUUCUAGCUGCAGGUACCCUCAUCACAAAAGAAAGAAAGGAACCAAACAAUAAAUUUCUCCUGGAGGCUUUAUUGUUUGGUUGUAUUGUUUCUUUUGUUGUACGUAAUCUGUGCCUCGGUACCUACAAAAGGAACCAGAUUGAUGACUGUCGGCUAUAACCAUUCUCGUUAGAUACCAAUUUCCUUACUUAUUAACUGGCGCGAUGGGCGGCGACAAGAAAAGUCGAAUGUUAUUUAUAUCUUUACAAUGGGUCUUGAACUCUGGUUAAGAUAACGGAUCCUGUUCGCGUUUAACUGCAAAACAGCCUACUCUCCUCGCUCUUCCCGAGGGACGUCCCGCAAAACUCGCCCCCGUAGCGGUGAGGAGCGAGGAGACACGGCUUUAUUCGCAGGCUAAUUAGCCUUCAAAGCGGCAAUAAUUCAAUCUGUGUCCAUUUUUGCGCCUCUAUAUUUAAAGUGUUUUUUUCCAGAUUUUCUCAAUAUCUGAGUCUCUAAAUCCUACAGUUUUAUUCAUGUUUCACCUAAUAUGUGUUAGCUCAAUCUCACUUGAAACUUUUAAAACCAAAAAAGAAUCAUUCUAAAAACAAAGUCUACCUUCUUUGAGGGGGGCGGAGGUGGAAACAGAGAGCGAGACUGAGGAGAGGGUCAGUGAGGCUCGCCCCCUUUGCGCGAGAAUCCCACGCAGGUGCUUCGCGCUUUGAAAACCCGCUUUGGGAGAAAAAGAAAAACAGUGUUUUCCAGACUAUAUCAAGAAUUUGUUUUCCUCAUUGAAUGUUACUUAAUCCGUUUAGGACAAAUGUAGUGCUGUAAAGAUAUGCUAAACAAUUUCCGCCACUUUUAUAGAACGCAGUUGUGCGAUCACUCUGUUGCGGUAGUUGAUGGAUCGGUUUACGCGACUGCUGGGUCCGAGGAAGGUAAGGCCUCUCUUCUGUUUCAAGAUCAUGUGCAGUGCUUUAAUCUGCAAUCAAAUAUCUGGAGCCUUGUGGCCCCUGUUCAGGAAGCGAGGGCCAAAGCUGCCGCCGUUGAACAUGAUGGGCUGUUAUAUGUCUCUGGUAAGGGAGGAUACCUGUAGAUGAAAUUCUGUAGGAAUAGGCAUGUGCCUAGGAGUUUAAUCUAUCACCUCCUUUUAGCAGUUGAUUAGAGUUUGAGAUGCAAAGAUAAGGAACUGAUGACGUAAAAAAAUCUUUACCCGGGUGAAAUUAUUUCAAGAAAGUUUGAAGAAAGAAUGUAUGAAAUUAUAUUAAUUGUUUUUCUCAGUGACGGGAACAAAAAACAGAAAGUGUCCGCUCCGCUAGUGGAAAUUGCCUCGCUCAUCUUGUUACAAUUAGAGAGGACAAUGUUAGGCGGAAGAGAUCAAACAGUGAAAUUGUAUUCUAAUGAAAGAGGAGGGGAGGGGGGUUCGAUGGUCCAUCGACUAACGAACUACAAAGGGUUGGCAUUUGGAGAGCGUGGUUUCUCUCGAAUGUUUAGUCCUAUAGCACCGCGGCUAAAAAUAACCGGUACGGUAAACGAACAGUUAAAUUGCCUGCGAAAACUUCCAUUUCUGCUCGCUCUUCGCCGCUAGGGACGUUUCGACGUUUCUCCGCGCGAAACGUCCCCAGCGGCGAAGAGCGAGGAGAAACGGAUGUUUUCGCAGGCUACAGUUAAUUGAGUUUUUUAGAAAACUGAAUAUUUUGAAGAUGCUGUCAAACUAACGCCUAAAGUAUAACAUUGCGAUCAGGAGCCGAGCCCCUGAUUGCAAUCAAUUAAAGGAUUACGCUAUAUUGAAACAUUUCGUCCAUCUUACCUAGGUGGCAUGAUGAAUGGUUCCCAUAGCAACUCGUUUGAAGUAUACAAUCCAGUCAACAACAAAUGGAAGUUUCUCUCGCCUCCCACAAUCCAGCGAACUCGUCACGCUAUGGUUGCUACGCAAACACACAUUUACGUUAUCGGUGGAGAAGGCCAGGGUAUAGAGCCGGAAGUCAGCAUGGAGCGAUAUGAUCCAGAGGUAGACCUCUGGAGCUUUGUAUUACCGAUGAAUUGUGGAAAAGUUGGUGCAUGCGCUGUAGAACUGGAGGGAAAAAUUUACGUCAUAGGCGGAAAUAAUGGAUACAAUACACUCCGGCAGUGUGAGGUUUAUGAUGUACAAACCCACCAGUGGAGCUUGACUAAAGGUGUUUAAAAAAAUGACAUGUUUUACUUACUAGGCUCAUACUGAGUAAUCAUUUGAGUCAUGGAGUGUACUGACGAGUAAAGCAGUUCAUUCAAACAUGUUAGAAACCUUUAGAUUGCACUGCGAGGACGAGAUUUUUAAAGUUUUUUUGCUUAUUCUCAAAAAUAUACACCCCGGACUAAGCUUUGUUUUGCUUUUUUCACCAGAGGAUCGAAAGGUUAUUUUUCAUUGAAGGAGGUUAAUCCUUCUCUCUAUUGCAAAAUGACAAAACAUAUCACUUUAAUUUGGACAACAUUUUCCGGUUACUUCAACAAUUUCACUGGAACCUGUAGAAGAAUGACAACAGUAAAAGCGCGCGCUCAACUUAGAAUUAAAAUCUCAUUCUCGUUGUCGUACUCGUCUCAGAAUCUAAAGGUCGCUUUUGUUCGGGCUAGCGACCGCUCAGUAUUUCCUGCAGUCGCUGAGGAAUAUUAGGUAAAGCAGAAAGUGAAAUCGAUGGGGUGGUAUAUAAGACGAAAGGCUGAUUUCCAUAUCACAACUUGUGUAAACCUGUUAGUAAUGUUUAAAUACAAGACACGAUUUUCGACGACGAUUUUUAAGAGCAACAAUGUUGGAACAAUCUUAAAACAAAUCGAAAAACUAUCGUUAAACUUAUAAAGAUGCAACACUGUGUUGCUCUGAAAAUCGUCGUUGCAAAUCGUCUCGUGUGAUAUCGCCCUCAAGAUUCUAUUUUUGGCAAACUAAUUUGGCAAGAUGGGUAAUAUUUUCGAGGCUCGGGCUGUGACAUUCACAACAAUUGGGCUUAUAAAUCUAAAAUAUUAAUGAGAUGAGUUGCGUAUAGCUUUUUCGUCCAGAUCACUGAUUUAUAUUGUUGCUUUAUUUCUAGGAAUGAAAGAGUUUCGUCAAGAUGCCCAGGCCGUCGUUAUUGGCAAGAAAAUUUACGUCAUCGGCGGCCGAGACUAUAAGGGAGAGAGGGUUCUAGAUUCCAUGGAGUGCUUUGAUGUAUCAGAGGGGGAGUGGGAACAAGUUACGACUGUGCCAUUAGCAAGAGAAGGCUUUCGUUGUGUUUCUUGUAAAAUAAGUCGAAAUCACCUCCUUCCGAUAAAGCUCAGAUAA